AUGAUAUCUAUCUAUCUAUCUAUCUAUCUAUCUAUCUAUCUAUCUCUGUUCUUAUCUAUCUCAUUCUAUUCUUUUCCAUCUAUGAUAUCUAUCUAUCUAUCUAUCUAUCUAUCUAUCUAUCUCUUGUAUUCAUAUCUAUCUAUCUAUCUAUCUAUCUAUCUAUCUAUCUAUCUAUCUCUGUUCUUAUCUAUCUAUCUAUCUAUCUAUCUAUCUAUCUAUGUCUGUUCUUAUCUAUCUCAUUCUAGUCUUUUCCAUCUAUCUAUCUAUCUAUCUAUCUAUCUAUCUAUCUAUCUAUCUAUCUAUCUCUGUUCUUAUCUAUCUAUCUAUCUAUCUAUCUAUCUAUCUAUCUAUCUAUCUAUCUAUCUAUCUCAGUCUCAUCAUUAUAUGUCCCUCUAUCUAUUUAUGCCGCUAUCUCUCUUCCAAUCGAUUGCUUUCUUUCUUUCAUUAUUUCUAUCUAGCUACCUAGCUGGCGGUCUGUCUUUCAAGCUAGAUAGCAUUCACAAUUCCAUCCCUUGUGUAUCUCUAUUUCCCUUUAUCUAUCUAUCUAUCUAUCUAUCUAUCUAUCUGGGCGCCUCGAGUCCUUGUGUAUCUCUCUCUCUCUCUCUCUCUCUCUCUCUCUAUUUCCCUUUAUCGUUCUCUCUAUCUAUCUGUCUAUCUAUCAAUCUAUCUAUCUAUCUAUGA